UAAAGGAGACCAUGACCUUGGGUUUUGGCUGAGUAAGGAGCAUCUGAAUGAAACGCGGCGGCGCGCACCCGGCAGCCAGGCUGAGAAAAGGCGCACCCCUCCUCCUGUUUUACAUUUCAGUCACGCAGCUUUGCUCAGAUUUGAGAUGAGGCAUGAAGGAUGUGUGCGUGCGUGUGUGAGGUUUUUUCUGUCGCAACUCGUAUCGGUAAUUUGAAGGGAAUCCAAAAAAUCGAUGCUUUUGUUCAUCUGAUUUUGUAAUUUCGCGAUUAAUCCUAGAGAAACAACGUCCCGUGCGCGUUUAUUCUUUGGAUAAAUCUGCAUCGCUUGCAUCCGAUCGACGCGACUGCAGCGCGUCGAGACGCACGAUAGAAAAAUCAAGAAUCUGCUUCAUGGUUUUGCAACCAAAAUAUAUAAAAAAUAUCAGAUUUAUUCUAACAGGACACGGUGCCGCUGAUGGUUUGCAAUUGAGGUCACAAUACAUUGCGAUGCUUAUCAUCCAAAACCAAUGAUGCUGCGGUAUGAGAGCAGAAAAAUAGCCUAGAAAAAAAACAAAAACAGGUGAUGGACAAUGUCCUGUCCAGCGGGUACAAGACACCGGCGCUCCUGGUCCUGAAUGCAGCGGAGAGAGACACCUAACCGGGUGUCACCGUCAGCCCUGGAUGCUGCGCCGAAGAAUGGCAUACGCCGACCCGUCGUCGGGGAAAGAUAUACUCGGCAAUAGAUCGCUUUGUUUUAUAUUUAUUUGCGCAUUUGGACUCGUCACACUAUUGCAACAGAUUCUCUAUGGGAAAAACUACAUUAAGAGUGCGCAACAGUUUAGCCGACUCAAAGGGGACGAAACAGGAAAUUGGACCGGGCCCGUUAAUUUCUCGGAUGACGGAUCUCUGAAGCCUGCCAGAAAUGGAAGGAAAAGAUGUUUCCGUCAGAAUUUUCAGCCAGAUUCACAGAUCUCCGUAAUAGUCACACCCUGCCUAGCCGAUAUUAAGAAGAAAAAAAAACGCCCUCAAAGGUAUCUGGAAAACUAUGAUGGCUCCUUUGAAUACAACUCCACUGCAUGCAGGGAGCUCAGACAAGAGAUUAUGGACGUCAAAGUCCUGACAAUAAACAUGGCUAGUCGGAAAAUACAUGGCCAUGGGUAUCCUUCCUCAUUCCACAAGUCUCUCUGCCUGUCUGCCAGGGUGAAAACCUCAGAUCUGUUUGAGAGAUGGAGAAACCUGCAGGUGUGCAGAUGGGAGCAGAACAAGGAGGAGACCAGCAACUUUAAGAUGUCUCUGUCUCGCUGCUGUAAUGCUCCUUCCUUUCUGUUCACCACCAAGAGGAACACUCCUGCAGGGACCAAGCUGAGGUACGAGGUGGACACCAGUGGUAUCCUUCCUAUCACCACUGAGGUCUUCAAAAUGUUCCCAGAUGAUAUGCCGUAUUCCAAGUCACAGUACAAGAAAUGUGCUGUCAUUGGAAACGGCGGCAUCAUCAAGAACAGCAAAUGUGGAAAGGAAAUUGACUCAGCAGAUUUUGUGUUUAGGUGCAACAUACCACCCAUUAAUGAGAAGUACACGGCUGACGUCGGCACUAAAACAGAUCUGGUGACAAUAAAUCCGAGCAUUAUUACUGAGAGAUUUCAGAAGCUGGAGAAGUGGCGGCGACCGUUUUACGAAGUCCUGCAGAAUUACGAGAACUCCUCGGUGGUGCUUCCCGCUUUCUACAACACCCGCAACACCGACGUAUCGUUCAGAGUCAAGUACAUGCUGGAUGACUUCGACUCCCAGAGAGGCGUGUUCUUCUUCCACCCUCAGUAUCUCCUCAACGUUCAGCGUUUCUGGGCCGUGCAGGGCGUCCGGGCCAAACGGCUCAGCAGCGGCCUGAUGCUCGUGACCGCCGCCUUAGAGAUGUGCGAGGAAGUCCACCUCUACGGCUUCUGGGCGUUUCCCAUGAACCCCUCGGGCAUCUUCAUCACUCACCAUUACUACGACAACGUCAAGCCACGGCCGGGCUUCCACGCCAUGCCCCACGAGAUCUUCAACUUCAUCCACAUGCAUACUCGUGGGAUCAUCCACGUACACACGGGGCAGUGCACGUGAUUCCUCCCCCCUAACCUCUUGGAAGCUCAACACUUUUUGUUUACUUUAAAUCAUGUCGGAUUUUAUUUGAGUCACUGAGACAGUUUGCCAUUUCCUCCCUAUUUAAAAAGACAGUCGGCCCUCGGAGCUUCUUUGCUCUCACGACGAGGGUUGCUUGCUUUAAUUGCCAACAUACUUCUCUUUUUAACCUUAAGUUGUUUCUUUAGCCAAUCGGAUCACUAUGGUUACCUCUGACUCUUAACCAUAGGAUGCUUGUUUUUAAUGUGAAAAGUGGUCUUCAUAGUGAUGUUGUUUCUGUGAAGUUUUCUAGUGGCUCUGCUGUACAGAGGUGUUGUUUUCUACUCGACGUUGCACAGGUAUUUAACGCUGAAAUGGGCCGCAGUGGGUGUCUUUCCGUGCCACCUCAUCCUCCUCCCUCUUCUGUCUCUCUCUCUUCUCUCUUCUCUCUCUUUUCUCUCGGACACUGUGGGUGUGGCAGCUUUUAAUGUUUGUGUAAAAACCAAAACCUUGAACCUUGAUAUUAAGCUAACAACACGAUGAUUAAAAAAAAAAAGAGAAAAAACGUAACAUCCAGUUGUCUACUUUUUGUAAUCUAUUUCCUAUCCACUGGAAUUCACUGGGUGAAUAUUUUAAAAGAGAAGCAGCGAUGGAACGGCCUGUUUUUAGUGGCCUACCAUGUCCCAUUUAAAGAAAAGCUCCUCCGACAUUUCUGGGUGCGUGAGAAGACGUAAGAAGAGGAGGUUCUCGGACAAAAAGCCAGAUAAAUAUUUUACACCACCUCAGCCAAAAUUAGACUUUCAAGGCCAGUCCAAUUUGUAAAGCGACAAACAUACUGUAGCUCUGUUGAGCGACCCAGUCAUCCAUGUCUUAAGCCAUGCUGCCUUAUGAGAUAUCAAACCCCCCCCUUGAAUAGGAUAUGCAAUGCACCCCAUGUGUUUUGCUUAUCGACAAAUACAUCGACAUUAACUAAAUCUUAGUUUGUCUCUUGAAUCAAAGGAUGUUUUAAGACUCUCUGAGGUGUAAGAAAUCCACGUGCAGUUACUCCCUGUAAACUCUUCAUUCAUAAUCAUGUAAUGCUCUGCAUGACUUUGCUCUAUAACUUGGCUUUGUGUGUGCCUGCUUCAAUGAUCACUGAAAUAUGUUUACACUUCUAAGCCUCUACGGACGUUCACAGUGCUCUUCUGGAGACCUAUACAUACACGAACCUUUUCACAGAAUGUGAAUUGUAUAAUAGUCGAUUCAGUCCUCGUUGAUUAAAGAUGCACGGAUGAAGAUGGUUGCUGCCCUUUUUUGUAAAGUGCUACAACACUUUUUAUCACUACUGUAUUAUUUCACCUUCCCCCUUUGAACUGUGAACAUUCGGUUUGCAUUCAUGCACCGGAAAGCUACGUGAGCUGUUUUUUUGUUUUUGUUGUUGUCAUAGACCGCGAAAGGUUUUAAGAGACUGUAAAUGAACAUUUUGCCACUCCUCUGCUUGGAAGGACAUCAUCGCUAUAUAAGAUUUUAAACAUGCUCUUUUAUUUCACCGUCUCUUGUGCACGAGAGAUGUGAGUUCAACAAA